AAAAAAACCUGUGGUUUAGGUAAUAACUGUGCCCUGUGUCCCCUUGACAACAAACAAUAGAGGAAGGUAACAAAGAAGAGGCCUGCCCACUUUCACCUGCCAGUAUGUCAGCAAAUCAACACUAGCUGUUCCAGGUUUAUAGGAAGUAGAGUCAGUCGUGACAUGGAGGCAGACUCGCUGCUGGUGAAGUGAACCCAGUUCCUGUUUUCACUAAUAAGAACAAAACAAGUACAGGACUUAAUAGCCAUGGAUACCAUCUUUGCUACCCUGGUUUGUUACCUUCUGGUCCUUUCUUUUGCUGCGGCACAAACAGAAAAUAAUGUGAGUAUCACAUCUACUCCAACAACCGCGGGCUUAAACCUGACACACACAACUACGAUAGUAACUUCAUCCAACUCUACUGUGCCUGUGACUGGAAUCUCAAACUUGACUGAGAACACGACUCCAUUUACCAGCACGACCCAGAACAAUGAAACAGUCAACAAAACAGAAGCUACAACUGAGAGCACAAGUCAUCUCCAGACUUCCCAGUCAACAACCGUCACGGCUCCUCUAACAAAUAGUACAACACUGACGACCACAUCACCUGGCACUGCAACAUUUACUGCACUGCCAAAUCUCACCAUACAGACCACAAUAGGUCACAUAAGUACACCUGAUACUACAGUAAAUACAACUGCAAAUCCAUCUCACACUGUCAACACAACAUCAGAUUCAAUGUGCAGAACCACACAAGGUUUGGGAUUUAACGUUUCAGAUUUUAAUCUGACAGUUCUCUUCAGUGUUGUACUUGGAGUGUUUGCUCUGGCAUUGGUUGUGUUCAUGUUUCACAGAUGCAAACAUAAAAUCCAAUACUUGCAUCAACCUCUGAACAACAGUGAUGACAUGGGAGAUGCAUUUAUGGCAGAGGAUGACACGCUCGUAAUUUCUGGAGGACUUUAUGAUGGCCAUGCAAUAUACGACAAUGUACCAACAGCCCCAGCAGACCAAUCGCAAUUCCAUCUUCAGUUCCUCCAUUAACAAGAGACUUCCUAAAGUUUGAGAUUUCACCUUUGGUGCUUGACAGAAUGAACAAAACCAAUUUCAAUAAUUUUAAGACUGUAGUUUACCCUGUUCAUGAGAGGCUAACAGCAGAGAGGAAGGGAACCUUAGGAUGGGCAGAACAUUCAAACAAGGACAAUGCUGAUCAAUUUGACCGUUACUUUUAAUUAUAUCAUUGUCAAUACUAGGAUACAUAAACACACUAUACUAAAUACACAUACUACUAUAUUAAGAUAUUAAUACAUUAACAACUACACCCUUUCCCACACCAACAAUAUAAACUCGUGCUGAACAUAUAAGAUUUCAUGUGAACACCAUUAAAGAUAAAUUAUUUAAAACAACAGCGCUACAACCAACUGAAUUUUUUCAAAGUACUUAAAAGUGUAGAGGGUGACUCUGCAGUCACUUAACAUUUACUCUAAUCAACGAACUACUAAACUAAAGAAAGCUGGAAUACCUAAAUAUUUCUGUUGUUAACAAUACUGUUUAACUGAUCCUGAACAAUAACAUGCAUAUUAAUACAUUGGCCUACUAAUAUUACUACUACUUUGAAUUUGAUCCCUAACCAUGUUAAAGUUUGAAUUUGAACAUCUGAACCUGUCUAACAUUGUUAAAGUUACUAUUUAUCUGACCUGUAACAACCCUAUUCAUGCAAAGAUCUUCUCACUGGUUGUCUUCUUUUUUUUGUCACAGCCAGUAACAGCCGUCCAACCAGCAUCUCUCAUCCUUUUCAUUGCAGCUAACUUUAAGGAAUUUCCUGGGGAUUUAUGAAUGCCAGGGCUCUGGAUCUGAAAAGUUGUUGAUUUUUUUUUGUAAUUAAUCUUUUGAAUAAAACGUACCAGGCAUUA